AUGCCAUUCACCAACGUUCGAUGCCACAUUCGAAAUACAACCCUGGACUGGAUGCCUUUUUGCAGCAUGUUGAAGUCGCUCUCACCGCCAACAUGCUGCGUUACUACAUUGCUUGUGGCUUCCCUUAAUUCAACAGGCUCGCCACCCCAUGAUUUGCAGUACUUCUGUCUUUUUAUGCCCUCUGCCCGACUAUUGGCUUUGCUCCUCCAAUGGUGUCGCAGCCAGUGUAUCGAACGAGCUUCUCUUCACAAGGUAGGUCAUUCCUCGAGCAAGCAUUUGACAACUCAGAGACAUAAAGACAAAAUUGCUACCACGAACACCAACUGGCAAACCUGCGAUAUUAAAGGAAUGCCUCUCCAAGCCAAGCAAAGGACCAGAUCCUCCACAGAUGCUCUUCAGCAACUGAUGGGCUGCAGGCCAGCCAACCCAGUCAUCGCUCAAUGUCUUCACCAACGUGCAGAAGAAUGCCAGUUAUCAAAAUUUUUGAAUCGGCAAAGGGCAAAAAACCCUCAAGCACGACAUAAUUCCGCAGAACACCUGCAUCACCAGACUCUGUACCACAACCAACCAGCAUCUUGCAUAUACAGAAAUAAAGUGUAUUCCUCACUCGCAUUAUUAACAACAGCUUACAUACAGAGUAGGCGAGACGCACGUCAAGCUUCAACAGCACUCCACGCGAUUUGCCACAGCACUGACCCUUCUAUGCAAAUAGGCCGGACCCAACGUUGUUCCGAAACAACCAAGCGGCAGUCUUCCGUCUCGUAUUCAUCACCACACCUAAGACAUUGUCACCAUAUAUACAGCAAUAUGUAUUGGUGCGCAUGCCAUGCCCCAGCCGAGUCGCUGAAUUAUAUCUCGUUUGAGACGCAGCAAGACCUUGGUCCCCCAAGCCAAGACCGGUAA